ACCUAAUCGAAAGUUUCAGUCUCCCGCUCCUAACGAUGAUGGCGGCAACGAAUCUUCAGGACGAAGACUUUAACGACGGCAUCGGCGAAGUUUUUCAGAGAUCCACUCUGGAUUGGCUCAAUCAGGACAAUCUUGUGGCAAUCUACGACAGGCAUGACGCUAUCCCCUCCCUGAGAGCCUUGUACCGUUGGGUCCAGAACCGCUGGAGGAAGGCAUCUUCCUUUACCGCGCCAUUCGAUUCCGAGAUUACUUUGGGUGGGACGUUGUGCAUGAUACAGGAAGGUAUUGCAGAUCAGGACCAACUGUAGACGGGGCUGAGGUCACACAUACGGAAGCGAGUAUGGUGAGGCCAGAAGGCGAUUUGUUUUGCCGACGGAAUCACCACCGCGGUGCUCACGAGUUCUGUGUCGUACACUAUCUGAUUCGUCCCGCAGAAGACGACGGUGGCGCGGACGAGGAUGUUGUUGACGAGGCGGCUGAGGAUGGAGGCGUUGACGAGGCGGCUGAGGAUGGAGGCGAAGAAGAUUCCACGAGUUCCUCCGACUCCGAUGAUGUCGAUGGAGACCCCGAUUAUGAUCCGGAGCUUGAUGAAAGCGAAAAGGUGAACCUUGGCAGCUCGGAUGUUCAUCUUGAACAGCUCGACCAUUCAAUUCAUUCUCUCGGCUACCUCGAGGCUCUUACGCAUGGUCUAGUGUCCAAGGGGAAUGCUUCUGGUGUGGUUAUGUUAAUUGAUGAAAAAUUUGUUACUCUUUGUAAGAGAUUCAAAGACAGAGUCUUGGAGCUUAAGGAUCCGGUAAGAGGGGUGGCGCCACUGGUGUCAGCUGUUCGCAUGGUUCAGGUCUCUGCUACUUGUUUGACUGCAUUGCAUCCGGAUUGUCUUCAGCUAUGUCUCCAGGCCAAGUGCUACAAAGCUGGUUAUGAUGGAAUGAAUGGCAUUGGACUGAAGAGAUUCCAGAAGACAUCGGAGUUUCAUUACAAUCCUUACUACGAAGUGGGUAAUCGUUACAAUGAUGGGAAGAUCAGUGAACUAGAGGCAGUGGUUGUGGCCCAGAGCUCAGAUCUUGAACAGGAUAAGGACACUGGAUUAGUGAAGCAAGCAGUGACUCAGAAGUACUUGACCUUGUCGCUUCAAGAUAUAGCCAACAUGAUGGUCCAAACUGCUAAUGCUAAGGAGGCAGAAACGCAUGUGCUUCAGAUGAUCCAGGAUGGUCAGAUACAUGCCCUUAUCAACCAGAAAGAUGGAAUGGUGAGAUUGUUGGAGGACGCUGAGCAGUACAAAACCAGUGAGAUGAUAGAGGUCAUGGUUUCUGUGAUCCAAAGGACAAUUGGGCUGUCGAAGAAUCUAUUAGCCAUGGAUGAGAGCUUGUCACGUGAUCCUAUAUACUUGGGAAAGUUGGAAGGGAAAGUCAAAGGUACGACUUGGAAGACGAUUUUGAUACUGCCCCUCAGAAGUUCUCCAUGUAAACAGCGAAAUAACCUGAAGGAGAGCAAAACUUGUCUCAAACUCUUGUUGCGAGAAUUUUUUUUUUUGCUGUUCUUUGUUCUUUUAUGAACUUUCAUAUAUUCGUUUGUUAUCGGUUUAGAUAGUCCUAAACCGAUAUUACAUUUGUACAGAAAACAUAACCCAACAUUCUUUUGUACCGAACCAAUAUAACCGAAAUUCAUAGAAAAUUAAUAUGUUUAGUUAUAUUGACUGGCGGUCUCGACUAAACAAAGAAGUUAUAUUGACUGCGGUCACAUUUAA